UUGAGCUGAGAGUUUUGAGUGCAAACAAAUAUUUAUGAACGGUUAGUUCAUUGCGAGCAACGUGCUAAUAAUAGUUUUAUCGAAUAUGCUGCUGAUAAACGGCUAGAAAUGGAUUACAAGAAUAAAAUUAUUCUCGCCCCAAUGGUACGGGUUGGUACCCUGCCGAUGAGGUUGAUGGCCCUUUCCUACGGUGCAGAUAUUGUAUACACGGAGGAAAUAAUUGACUGGAAACUGCUCAAAGCUGAACGGCGUGUGAAUGAUGUGUUGAAAACAGUUGACUAUGUAGAUAAAACGGACGGAACUGUUAUCUUUCGCACGUGUGAGCAAGAGCAGAGCAAGGUGGUCCUUCAGCUAGGAACAGCAAACGCAGAGAGAGCGUUACAGGUCUGUUUGAAAAUCCAGAAGGACAUUGCUGCAAUCGAUAUAAAUAUGGGUUGUCCAAAGGAUUUCUCCAUAAAGGGAGGAAUGGGGGUAGCGCUCCUGUAUGACGUUGAUCGAGCGAAAGGUAUACUCAAAACACUGGUGGAUAAUCUUAGCAUUCCUGUUACAUGCAAAAUUCGAAUAAUGCCACAGCUGGAAGACUCAAUUAAAACGGCCAAAGAGCUUGAAUCGACGGGCAUUGCAGCGAUUGCUGUUCACGGUAGAACAAAAAUAGAACGACCGCGCCAUCCUGUUCAUCCUGAUGUUAUCAGGGAAAUCGCACAAGUGUUGAGGAUUCCCGUCAUAGCAAAUGGUGGCUCCCAAGAGAUGCAUAGACGGGCUGACAUCGUGAAAUUCAGGAAUGCUUGCGGCGCAAGUAGUGUUAUGGUCGCAAGGGCUGCCCAGUGGAAUUGUUCCAUAUUUCGCGACGAAGGACCGCUACCAAUAGAGGAAAUUAUACACGAGUAUUUGAAAUUGUCGGUGGAUUACGAUAAUUCGCCAUCCAACACAAAGUACUGUGUUCAAAUGAUGCUAAGAGAACUGCAGGAAACAACACUGGGCAGGAAGUUUUUGGAUAGUCAAACGCUAGAGCAAAUCUGUGAUGUGUGGGAUCUAGGUCAGUAUUGCAGAAGGAAACAGCUGGAAUACCACAAUGCUGGUAUGCAUGGCCGCCGCCAGGCAUGUCCACAAUCAGAAAGAAGUGAAGAAACUGAGAGCUGCCCGGUGAAAAAGAUGAAGAUUUCUGAUGAAGCUGUAGAAAAUGAUUUAAUACAGCAUAAUGUGAGCUUCAUCAGAGUCAACUACAAUGAUGAUGUACAAUUACCUAAGAGUAGACUGUAUAUUUAUACAGUAAAAAACAACCUGAAACUACCCAAAUACGAGGUGAUACAUAAGGAUAAACUGUUUCGUGCGAUUGUUCAAGUGGGGGAUAAGAAAUAUAGCAGCACAUUUUGGGAAAAGAAUAAAAAGUUUGCGGAACAAGCGGCGGCAUUGACGUGUCUCCUUCACUUAGGUAUCGAGCUGAAGGAGAAGUUAAUCGAAAAUGGUUCCAUGAUAGCUUGAAUGAACAACAAAGAAAAAAAAACUAUGCUCAGGAUUUAUGAUAAAUUCGUGUAUAUUGACGUUAGUGUAAUUAGCAAAACUUUUAUUUUAUUUCAAUUUCGAUAGAAUCUAUUAUAAUUGCUUAGGCGUUUUUCAUAAAUAUAAGAUAAAGAUGA